ACCAUCUAGUAGCACCGAUUUGAAGACUUGCAUUCAGAGAAGUGAUAGACACUCUAUAUAGUCGAUAUGUCAACCCUUGAAAUAUGUCUGAAGAAAUGAAGCCAUGCGACAUUUCAAACAUAGAUAACACCCUGAAGAAAUCAGAUUCUGGUGAUUCCGGAAAUGAAGAGCCUAAAGCAGCUGAAGAUUUUUAUACAGCAAAACUAGAAAGUGCCGCUUUGAAUGGUUCCGCCGAAGUUCUUUACGAUUGCGAAUACGCGGAAGCGAAACGAGAUUUACAUUUUGUUCAGACACCUUUACAAGCAAGAUGUGAUCACUUAUCUCGAUAUUCUACUUAUCAUAAGUGGAACGCCAAUAAGGAUAAUUUAAUUAGUUAUCUUCCGAAUGAAGUUCUAUCAAAAAUACUUAAGUUCGUUAACAGCGAUGCCGUCUCGUUACUUCGAGCUCGAUCUACAUGCUCCCUUUGGCAAACCGUAAUCGAUCGAAUUACACCAGAGACUUAUUGGCAAGCAGCCGUUAGAAGUUAUUGGCCCAUUUUUUGCGCUGCUUAUAAGAUUUCCGAUUGGAAAAUUAUGUUUAGUUGCUUGUUAAAAUCAUCAACUUGUGUAUUAUGUUUAAAAGAGAUGCGUGUUCGUCGAAAAGAAUCUACGGAUAAAAAACAAUUAAUGUGGAGAUCUAAGCGUCUUAUGACUGAAAGGAAAAUGUUAGAUGAAGAGCCCCCUGAAGGAAUUAGAGCUGUGCCUUUAGACGAAAAUAUGUGUCAUUGGCAAGCAACAAUCAAUGGCCCUGAUGGUAGUGUUUACGAAGGAGGUGUUUUUUACCUGCAUUUAAAAGUUGGAUUCGAGUAA